ACGGGCGGCAGGAGGGGCCACACGGGGCUGAACUCCUCAAACGCCGGCAGGGAUUGAAACAGCUGCAGCUUGAAAGCAUUAUUAGUUUCAGGCUCUAGUACAGCUCCCUACUCUCUGCUGGGAAGUUUCACCGUAACUCUGCACACGGCUGGAGAAAAACAUGUCCAACGUCAACUGGAAGCCCUUUGUUUUCGGCGGACUGGCGUCUAUGACGGCGGAAUGCGGGACAUUCCCAAUCGACCUGGCCAAGACACGUCUUCAAGUACAGGGCCAGGUGGGGGACAGUAAAUACCGAGAGAUCCGCUACAGAGGCAUGCUCCAUGCUAUAGGGAGGAUAUGCAGAGAGGAGGGGCUCCGGGCUCUGUAUUCAGGAAUAGCUCCCGCCAUUCUACGCCAGGCCUCCUAUGGGACUAUAAAAAUUGGCACAUACCAGAGCUUGAAGCGGCUGGUUGUUGACAGACCGGAGGAUGAGACGUUGCUGACUAAUGUGAUGUGUGGUGUUCUCUCUGGUGUCAUCUCCUCCUCCAUUGCCAACCCCACUGAUGUGCUGAAGAUCCGCAUGCAGGCUCAGGGAAAUGUGAUCCAGGGCAGCAUGAUGGGCAACUUCAUCAACAUCUACCAGGAGGAGGGAACCCGAGGCCUGUGGAAGGUACAGAAACGCCUGAUAAGUGCUUCAUUUCUGCCCAUGAAUGUCCUUUUUAGACUUCUACAACAUCCUCUUUUUCUGCAUCAGGGCGUCUCCCUAACAGCUCAGCGAGCGGCCAUCGUGGUCGGGGUUGAGCUGCCGGUCUAUGACAUCACCAAGAAGCAUCUGAUCCUGUCUGGUUGCAUGGGGGACACCGUGUACACACACUUUCUGUCUAGUUUUGUUUGUGGUCUUGCGGGAGCUUUGGCCUCAAACCCAGUGGACGUAGUCCGGACACGCAUGAUGAACCAGAGAGGAGGAUCUCUGUACCAGGGGACACUGGACUGUAUACUGCAGACGUGGCGCUCCGAGGGCUUCAUGGCCCUCUACAAGGGCUUCUUCCCCAACUGGCUCCGUCUGGGACCGUGGAACAUCAUCUUCUUCCUCACUUACGAGCAGCUGAAGAAGAUCGAUGUGUGACUGACAGAAUGAGACGGUGAAGUGGAGACGAGUAUGAAAGUGCGCGCUCCGAGACAAGCUGAGAGGACCAAACAUCGGGAAUGGCUGGGUGGGGAUCCUUAAUGGAACCACUUCACUGGGGGCAAAGUAUUGAUGAAGACCCACAUAUUAGGGGCAGUGUGUGAAUCUGCCUGCUUCCUGUUUGGGCUACAUGCUGCCUUAAGCCUGUUGCAAGUGUGGAAGAUGAAAAUAUCUGAUGUUUUAGCUCAUGAAAAUGCUCCGUUGACCAGCUUUCGAAUUUGUUACUGGCCCUUUAAAUUAAAAAGGCAAAAAUGUUAGAGAAAUUUAAGAUGUUAAAUAUUCUUAAGACUGUUCUUUAUAAGGCUUAUUUAUCAUUUCUACAUCUUAGUGUUUUCCAGAUUGAGUGCCUUAGCUUGUGAUGCAGGCGGUCUGUGCCUGAGUUGCAUUAAGACUGAGAAUGUCUGAUAGCAGCUGACAAUCGCAGUGAUCAUUCCCUUUUGAAAAGACAAAUGUUUGUUUUUUUCCAGUCAACAAACUCAGACUGUGAUCUAUAUUUUGUGCUAUUCUAUCAUUCUUAAUUGGGCGUUGGGUGUUUUUUUGAAAGGCGAAAAUGUUUGUUCUAAGAGUCUCUGGAGGAUUUACAGAGCCAAGAGCCAAGAAUACAUGCUGGUGUACUGUAAUAAAUAUGAGGCUCAAGUGUGGGUGCUCAGACACCGACACGCAUCAGAUGCCCUUAUCAGGCCAGACUGGGGGGGUCCCUCGUGCCAGCGAGUGCAGACAGUAAAUAUAACCUGGGGCAGCUGGGGGACGACUCUUCACUCCCUGGUUCCUUAUGUUAUCGUGCACUAUACAGACUUUAUGUUGGCCUACAUUUUAUGACAUACUGCUUUAUGUUUGGACCAAUGGGAUGUUAUGGUACUCAAAUGUGCAUUAUUUAUUCAUUAACACACGUUAAAAUCACCGCACAUGAUCUUCUCCAGGUAUAUUUCCAGAAACAGUAUUUGCACGCUGUAUGUUUAAAUGUGCGCUAAAGUAAAGAGUGAUGAACUGCUGGCUGUCGUGUGUCUGUGAGAUGCAAUUGCUGCCAAAGUGUACGCCAGUGCAAUUUUGUCAUACUUAUAAAAGUGGUGUAAACACGCUGCUGAAGCCUCGAGUAUUCAGAAUAAAAUAUGGAAAACACAAA